CCACCAUCUUUCAAACAUAAAAAACAACUGAAACUCGAAAAUGGCCCAAGAAGCUGCAUUUACCUCUUCCGCGAUGGCGACUGCACUCGAGAACUCGUCCAUUUCGUACGAGGACUUGGCGAACAUCGAGAAGGAGUUCGAUGAUGCGGAUACGGAGAUAAUUAGGCAACAAGUUGCGCUCACCGCACCCCUCUACGUGAAGCGCGCAGAGAUCCUUUCCAAGAUCGAGAACUUUUGGCCGUUAGUCCUCGAGCAGGCGCCCCCAGAUAUCGACCAGUUCAUCCAGCCCUCGGACUCCGCGCUCCUCCUCUCCUCCCUCACCUCCCUCUCCGUCGACAACUUCGAGAUCACCAGCAAGGGCAAGAACGGUGACCCCCGCUCUGUCGCCAUCAAGUUCGAGUUCGCCGAGAACGAGUACUUCGAGAACAGGGUCCUGGAGAAGAAGUUCUGGUACCGCACUGCCGCGGAUGGCUGGUCGGGACUCAUCAGCGAGCCGGUCAAGAUCAACUGGAAGAAGGACAAGGAUCUCACUGGAGGCCUGCUGGACCUGGUGAUCAAGGCAUGGGGGGUUGACAAGGCUGGCAACGGCGGGGCAGCGAAGAAGGGCGAGCCGAACGAUGCGCAGAAGGCGCUGCAGAAGAAGAUUGAGGGCACCGGUAUGGGUGGACUCUCCUUCUUCUCCUGGUUCGGCUUCAUUGGUCGCAGAGUUACCGAGGAGGUGUCGAAGGAGGCUAUUAAGCGCGAGGCAGCUAGGCGCAAGGGCGAGAAGGUGGCGGAGGAUGAGCCGAUUACUGAGGAGCAGGAGGAUCUGGAGGAUCUGGAGAUGAGCUUCGAGAUCUUCCCUGAUGGAGAUGACUUGGCCAUUGCCAUUGCUGAGGAUCUGUGGCCGGGAGCGAUCAAGUACUUCACACAAGCACAGGAGCAGGAUGCCUUGUCUGAUCUGGACUUCGAGUCUGGUGAUGAGGACGACGAGGCUGGAUCGUUCCAGGGAUUGUCUGAUGAUGAUGAGGCCCCCCCUCUCAAGAAGAUGAGGAGCUAGAUGUAGUGUGACAGGCAGCUAAAGUGUUUAUAUUUGGCGUUAAAUGUCUAGUAAGCUGGAAUACCCGGCCCAGCGUACCAGCCCAGCGGAUGAGGCUCUUGGACACGAUUACGAAACUAGUGUGGCAUGAUGGGAGUUCAUAUAUAAAAUAGAGCUUUAGAAAUU